AUGGAGGCUUGGGUAAUAGAGGAUAAAACUUGUCUGAAGUCAGACACUUGGCUUGAAACUAAGGUUGAGGAGCUUCCAACAUCUUCCUCUGACAUGGGAGCAAACCCGCGCUCAGAAUCUGUGGACUCCGGAGUGGAGACAGCCAGCUGUGAUGCUCUAAGUCCUGCAACGCCCUGCUCUGUCUCCACAAAUAACACCGAAAUGGAUUUGUUUAACGACCGUCUGUCUCCUGGAUUAACAUCCCAGUCUCCCGUCCUCUCCUGCUCCGUGGCAUCCUCCGCUUCCUCCUCGUCCCCACGCUUGGGUCCCAGUCAAUCCGAAGAGGGGUCCACUGGUUUGCACCUAAAAUUAGAAAAAGCACUACAAAGGGCCGACUCCAAACUUAGCCACCGCGUGGAUGAGCAGCAGAGCCGACGGCCAAAGGCAACUCUCCUGCCUGGACAGCCCACAUCGGGGUCAGUGAGAUGUCAAAGGUCAGAGAGUUUUGGCCUGAGGAGGCGGGCCGAGCCAUCUGUCCCCAUCAGGUAUUCGUCAGAGAAACAUAGGAGACCACUUUCUGUAGGUUAUAACCAGCAACGAUCACAGGGCCUGGGAAUAGAGGACAGGAAGGAACUAAGUCCUGGACUCUGCUACUUGGAGCAGGUUUGUCAAAUGCUGGAGGAUAUUGCUCAAAAGCAGAUGCACCACCAAGCGUCACAGGAAGAGAGAGAAACCCUCGAGCAACGACAAGACACACAAGCUCUUGAAAUUUGUCAGAGCGACUCCAGAGGUGUCGAUAAGGACCCAUCUACCUGUAAUGGGCUUGAAAAUACAAAAAAUACAGGAAGCAUUUCAAAUCAACCCCAGCAGCAGAAAUCCGGACAUUUUCGGCAGAGAUCUGUCUCAGACACGACUGUUGCAACGCUUCAUUUAAGGAAGCUGAAUGUAAACUGCAGAGGGCAGCAGCUGAGUACACAUGAUCUGCUGGAAAGGGUUGAGGAGCACAAACAAAGUCAGGAUUCAGCAAAGCCGGAGUCAAAAAAGACUAACAAGAGCUGGAAAUCAAAAAUCGGGUCUUUGAGAAGAGGGGAGACUGCUCUCUUAGACACUCAAAGCCAACAGAUGCAGUCAUCUGACAAAAACUCAGCACGCCGACGGUUAAGCCUACUCUUCAGAAGGAGCAGAAAAACUCAGCCUAUAUAA